GGCCAGGAAUAUAUUUCAUAUUAACAGUUUAUUUUUGAAAAUAUAUAUGAAGCGCAUGCGCAAAAUUUAUAUCUUUUGAUUUCCUGUCACACAAGUGCCUGGCAUUCUUCAAAUUUCUUUUUCGUGAAAGUAGGAUCAAAGCAUCACAAUGUCGAGCAGAAAAACUAAAGGAAAGACAACCAAGAAAAGGGCACAGCGUGCUACCUCAAAUGUGUUUGCUAUGUUUGACCAAGCCCAGAUCCAGGAAUUUAAGGAAGCUUUUAACAUGAUUGACCAAAACAGAGAUGGAUUCAUUGACAAAGAAGAUUUGCAUGAUAUGUUGGCUUCCUUAGGUAAAAAUCCUACUGAUGAGUCUCUGGACGAGAUGAUGAACUGUGCACCAGGACCAAUCAACUUUACCAUGUUUCUUACCAUGUUUGGUGAAAAAUUAAAUGGCACUGAUCCAGAGGAUGUCAUAAAGAAUGCAUUUGCAUGUUUUGAUGAAGAUGCCACAGGAUACAUCAAUGAGGACAGACUUAGAGAACUUUUAACGACAAUGGGAGACCGUUUUACUGAUGAUGAGGUUGAUGAGAUGCUGAGGGAAGCACCAAUAAAGAAAGGAAUGUUCAACUAUGUAGAAUUCACAAGGAUAUUGAAACAUGGAAAGAAGGACGAAUGAAAAUCCCAUCCUCAUCACUUUGGACAUUUCUUCACUCUCUUACAUGUUACGAUGUAGGCGUUGCUGAGACAUUCCAUAUAUGAACUGUUAGCCUUUAUAUAUCGCAUUGUAAUCUCAUAUUUGCUGUCUUUCAACAAUGUUAAAUUGGAACAAAAGCUAUGCAUGGCAUUUAUAUAUUUAUAAGUCAAUGGGACUAGUCUCAUCUUCGGUUUGUCUGUUAGAAGCAAACUUCAUUUAUAUCAAAUUUCAUUUUUUUCAGAGUGACCUUUAUUAAAGGUGAACAUUUAUAAAUGUAUUUAAUUUGUUGAAAAAAAAUCAUGUUUUUAUUCUGCAGAUAUUUUUUUUUUUUUCUUAAAGUUUACUUAAAAUAUUGCUUUCAAUUCUUAACAAUUACUGAAAUAUAUCUUGAAUAUCACAUCCACAUUUAACUGAUGAAAGUUGAUACAAAUGGAUACUUGAGUAAACAGGCGUUAUGUGUGUUACCUGUGCUGUUUUAAGACUGAAACAGCACUUAAUAUACAUUUGUAAUGAAAUGAAAAAUUACAUUUUUGGAGUAAAAUAAAAUUUGUUUUGUUCGAUGCAGAAUUACAUCGGGUUUGAGGAGCCUGUAGUGUGUUAUGUUCAGAAAAAGUACAGUAUUUUACGUUAUAUUUGUAGCAUAUAAGUUAAUUGUAGGGUGUUAUAGCCAGCUAGUAGAAGAUAUAUCCAAUAUGAUGCAACUGUCUAAUCCUUGUACAAUAUUAGAUGUAUCAAGAUGUAUUCCUUUCUGGAUAUUUUAUCAUGAAGUGUUUCAUUGACCUAGACUCUUAUGAAUUGCUUCAUGUUUUUUUGUUUUGUUUUUUUUGCUCAACAUGAUAAUUAAAGUCAAGUGAAGUACAUAUUAUUUUGAUUUCCAGAAAAGUAAAAAAAAGAAAUUAUUUACCUGGAGUAAUCUCCCUUUAAAAUGUGAUCAGCAUUAAUAAACCAAAUUGCAGUUGG